GGAUCCACUGUCCUACCUCCCACAAACCAUGAGGCUUCUGCUGAUGGCCCUUCCUCUCCUUGCUCUGCUACCCCAAGUGAUCCCAGACUAUAGUGCUGAGAAAAGAUGCUUGAAUAGAUUGGGGCACUGCAGGAGAAAAUGCAAAACCGGGGAAAUGGUCAUGGAAGCGUGCAAAUAUUUCCAAGUCUGCUGCGUUCUGGACGACAACGACUACAAACAAAAGGCUUCCAUCACGCGGACCAUGGAGAAAACCUCUACAAUAGAGUACAAUCUGUCCUAAGACUUCACGGAUGGACUUGACAUAA